UAUGAUGCUUGACAUUCUGGAAGUUUUUCUAAAACAUCAACAAAUCCGAUAUCUUAGGCUGGAUGGAAAGACACAGAUUUCUGACAGGAUACAUCUGAUUGAUGAGUUCAAUUCGGACAUGGGUAUCUUUGUCUUCCUGCUUUCAACUAAAGCUGGAGGACUAGGGAUUAAUCUGACUUCAGCUAAUGUGGUCGUUCUUCAUGACAUUGACUGCAACCCUUACAACGACAAGCAGGCAGAAGACAGAUGUCACAGGGUAGGACAAACCAGAGAAGUGAAAGUUAUACGGCUCAUCAGUAAAGGGACAAUAGAGGAAUCCAUGCUCAGAAUCAGUCAGCAGAAGUUAAAACUAGAACAAGAUAUGACGGCAGCAGAUGCAGGAGAAGAAGGGGCCAUUCCAGCAGAUAUAGCAACAUUAUUAAAAGCAUCGCUAGGUCUCUAAUAAUAUAAAACUGAACGUUGUAGAUAUUUUUUUAAUUUGAGGAAGAAAAUACAAUGUGGUGCUUCAAGAAGUUUUUAUGUUAUGACAAUACAUUUGUAUGGACAUUUAUAACUUUUUGUAAUUUCCUUGUUGUUGUUGAUUGUCUCUGGCAAAAAAACCCCCCCCCCCCCAAGCUGGUACUCAAAGUAAAAUAUGGAGAUACCACAAAAAAAAUGUAGUGCAUAAAAUGCCACCUAAGCUAUAUUAUCAAGGCAGUUUUAAAAUGGGGACCCUAGUUUUAAUUAAACUGCUAAUGCUUAAAAUUGUUCCAUAUUUUUGUAAUUAUUUCUACCUCUAAAUAUAUAUAUAGAAGCUGUCUAUUUCACUGGAUGUGUGGUUUUUUUACAUGUGCCUUAUUUGAAAUGCCCGUUUUUGUUGUCUCUUUGCUUGUUUUUAUUUGAAGUACUGUAAUGUUUUGUAUUAAAUUGUUCGCACAAUAAAAAAUUAAA